AUGUCUAUCUAUCUAUCUAUCUAUCUAUCUAUCUAUCUAUCUAUCUAUCUAUCUAUCUAUAUAUAUAUAUAUAUAUUUUUCUUCUUUCUUUCUUUCUUUCUUUCUUUCUUUCUUUCUUUCUUUCUUUCUAUGACUUUAUUUUCUCAUAUCUGCAUAUGUAUGUUUACACUAUCUAUCUAUCUAUCUAUCUAUCUAUCUAUCUAUCUAUCUGUAUAUGAACUGUGUAUUAACUGGACUGGCCAAAUGAAAACGACAUCGUCAUUUUUACGAAAAUUGAUAAUAAUAUUUAUAAGUCUAUCUCCGACAACUUCAAACACCAAAAUGUCUGUGAUAGUUUCUCUCGAGUUAACUGUUAUGCUCGCUUACUCUCUCGCUUACUCUCUCGCUUACUCUCUCGCUUACUCUCUCUCGGUCUCAAACGCCUUACACCUAUUUUUUUUUGUGUGUUUAACGCUCACUGAACUAUUUGUCUGUCUCCACAUCUAUCUAUCUAUCUAUCUAUCUAUCUAUCUAUCUAUCUAUCUAUCUAUUACCAUUACUUUAUCCGUCACACUCGGCGUUCUUCCAAAUGAAUAUCAAAACUCGAACGGAGAUUUACACGAGUCUGAUGUUGACUCAGACGCAGCCAGUGACAACGGGGACGACAGCGAAAUCUGCACGGACAAAAUGGAUCCAGCCGAUCGAGAAUUGUAUGAGAAACUCAAACAGCAGGAACGAGAAGAGCGUGAGGAGAUCGAACGCGAGCUGAAGGCUCACGAGGAGGCCAUCGCUCGACAACACGAAGAGUUGCGUGCUAAGGAUUUGAGACUGCACGAACGCAUCCAACAACAACGCGAACAGGACCUGCGCAAACACCCGAUUCCAACGGCAACCGGGACCACAGGGUCUGGAAACGGUGCAUCGGGAAAUGCGGGCAACGGAGGCAAUAGCAGCACUGGAUCCAGUACUGGGUCUGCAAGUACCGGAUCCGGAAGUGGAAGUGGUGGCGGGGGAGGUGGAGGUGGCGGAGGUGGCGGCGGCGGCGGCGGCGGUGGAGCAAGUGGAGCGGGGAGUGUGGCCAGCGUUGGUAGUGUUGGCAGUGUCGGUCUCGGUACCGGCGGCGGUGCCAGCCCUGUAGACUAUGUGACCACGCCACCAGGUGCCCAUAGCCGACUCGGCUCAACCGGGGACUUGAAAGCGGACCACUCCAGGUUAGACAUCAUCAAUCAUGCCGCUUAUUUAGAAAGAUUUGCAGCGGCAGCUGCAGCAGCGGCCGGGGGUGCGGUCGGCGUGGUCAACCCAAAUAGAGGACUUCCUGGGGCACCGACGUUAGCGACGUUGCCGCCAGCGUCGGCGCCCAGUCACACAGUACCAAACCCCAGCGUCGACACCACAGGACCAUCUCAUCAUUGGACAUUUCAGGAACAGUUCAAACAGGUAACACAUUUAUUACAAACUGAUAAAUCUAUAAUUGCCACAUUUUUAAUAAAAAAUCUAUCAUACAAAUUACAAAUAUUUGCAAGUAGUUUGUUUUGGGGAUCGAUCUAUCUAUCUAUCAACUAA